CAGGAGAAAGUCCAUAGGCUCGAACAGAUCGCGCACAUCGAUGUCAAUGAAGACAAGCUGAAUUUUCUCGACAAUCAAAUCAAACAUUUGGAGCAACUUGUCAGGAGGUCUGAAAUUGAACUCGAGGUGAUGGAGGCAUCUCUAAGGGAAUAUGAGCCGGAUCAGAAACAUGAACCCUCACCAGCUGAAUUGCUGUGUUGCGAGGACAACUUGAAGAGAAGUUUGUGCCUUGUUACAGAAAAAAAGAAAAUGUUGCUCGGUACUAUGACAACUAUUUACAGACCCCUCGCGUUUCAGUACCAGAUGGAUGUAGAAACACAGUAUGUCAGGCGUCCAUUUCUGUAUAGCUACAACUGCGGUUUGAAUGAGCUGCUGUUGGGCGCACAACGCCAAACAGGGAACCCGCACUGCGUGCAGCAUCAUAACUGGAUCAUUGACUCAAACAGCUUCCACGGAUCAGUCGUCAAAGCAUCUGGCAGUCACAGAAUGAACCUAUCGAUCCCAGGCUUCCCAGUCUCUCCGUUUCAGGCAGCACCGGGGCAGAGUCAUGCUCCUAUAAUGAUCCAGCAAUCCUAUACUCAGGAAUUCAGCUAUUACUUGAGCAACUUAACUACUCAGCACAAUCAUUACCUUGCCGCAAUGCCAUUGCCUCAAUUUCCAGCUAUCGGUGGUAAUACCAGUUCCUAUCCAGACCCGAACUUCAUCCUGCCACCACAUUAUGAGCUGAGCACUGCCACAGUUUCGGAAUCCCAGAACAUUCCACAGAACUUAUCGCCACCAGUGCUAGGGCCAUUCUUCAACAAUUUGAGCUCCUCCAAUAUCUUCGUGGGUGGUGGAAGUAAUACUGCUGUUGUGGGUGGUGGAAGUAAUACUGCUGUUGUGGGUGGUGGAAGUAAUACUGCUGCAACUGGAAAUGAAGUUCAACUCCCAGCUCAUCUGAAUCAUCAAGCAAAUCCAACCACAGAUGAGGGUCCAGGGAACUUAGACGUGCCCGAUCCGCUUUCUACUGAGGCUAUGUUGGCAGAUGUUGCAUCGCCGAGUUUAGAUGGAGCUGUUGAUCAAGAGGGUAUUAGCAGCUGGGAACUGGAUGGGUAUGCUUUAGCAGAGGAUUUGACGAACUUGGACGACAUCGAGAUAGUUUUCCAAACUUGAUGCAUGAAUUUGGGAACCUUCAGUUGUUUCUUGUUGAUGUUCGACUUUUGAAACUCCUAUGGUUGGAAACCUUUUUCUUGCUUAAUUCUGGUGAUGCAUUUCUGUGGCUCAAGUUGGCGUACUACUCAUUCUGAUAAAGGUUAGAGAGGGUGAGAGAGAAGAAACCGGUUAUCGAGAUA